UUCAUUCGUUCUUCCACCGGUUGUAAGACAAACGGUUUGUUUUUAUUUUAAUACACGCCGGUGGCGUCCCCAGUCCCGAUCAUAUUUUUUGGUCGAUCCGAGCGUUGUGCUUCAGAAUCCAGAUAGCGAUGUUGCAGUGUAUAUUCCUUUUAUCAGAUUCCGGAGAGGUAAUGCUGGAGAAACAGCUAACCGGGCAUCGAGUUGACCGGUCCAUAUGUGCGUGGUUCUGGGAGCAGGCUAUUUCUCAAGGUGAUUCCUUCAAGCUACAACCAGUAAUUGCAUCCCCAACACACUACCUUUUCCAAGUUGUUCGUGAAGGGAUCACAUAUUUAGCAUGCACUCAAGUUGAGAUGCCACCUUUGAUGGCCAUCGAGUUUCUUUGCAGAGUAGCCGAUGUCCUCUCAGAUUAUCUUGGAGGGUUGAAUGAGGAUGUGAUAAAGGAUAACUUUAUCAUUGUAUAUGAGCUUCUGGAUGAGAUGAUAGACAAUGGCUUCCCUCUCACUACAGAGCCUAACAUACUGAGAGAGAUGAUAGCUCAACCAAACAUUGUUAGCAAAGUUUUGAGUGUUGUCACUGGUAAUAGUUCCAAUGUCAGUGAAACCCGUCCAGGUGCAACAGCAUCAUGUGUUCCAUGGCGGACAACAGACCCAAAAUAUGCUAAUAAUGAAGUUUAUGUAGAUCUUGUUGAAGAAAUGGAUGCAACUAUAAACAGGGAUGGAGUACUGGUGAAAUGCGAAAUUUAUGGGGAAGUUCAAGUGAACUCCCAUCUCUCAGGUCUUCCAGAUUUAACUCUUUCAUUUGCAAACACUUCCAUCUUGGAUGACGUGAGAUUCCAUCCCUGUGUUCGGUUUCGACCUUGGGAGUCCAAUCAAAUCCUGUCAUUUGUGCCUCCUGAUGGACAGUUUAAGCUCAUGAGUUACAGGGUAAAAAAACUGAAGAGUACUCCAAUAUAUGUAAAACCACAGCUAACAUCAGGUGGCGGGACGUGUCGUGUCGAUGUGUUGGUUGGAAUACGAAAUGAUCCUGGAAAGACAAUUGACUCCAUAACUGUGCAAUUUCAACUGCCCCAUUGCAUUUUAUCGGCUGAUAUGACUUCAAAUCACGGAACAGUAAACAUCCUUGCAAAUAAGACCUGCUUGUGGUCAAUUGGACGGAUUCCUAAAGACAAAGCCCCUUCAAUGUCUGGAACCUUGGUGCUUGAGACAGGGUUAGAGCGCCUUCAUGUAUUUCCCACGUUUCAAGUGGCUUUUAGAGUAAUGGGUGUUGCCCUCUCUGGCCUGCAAAUAGAUAAAUUGGAUCUGAAGAAUCUACCUAAUCGCCCUUACAAAGGUUUUCGAGCUCUUACACGAGCAGGGGAAUUUGAAGUAAGGUCAUGAGUCCAAUUUGAUGCAUCUAGAUCAAUUUUUGAUGUGUUUUGGAGUAAGAUAGUUGCUGUUAUGUAUGUAUUUCAAGGUUGUGGUGUCAUUAGGAUUUUGAGCAAUAACUUCAUUUAACACUCAAGUUGAUAAGAUAGCAUUUGGUGGUUCGAUAGAUUUAAGCUUCAGUUGAAUGAUAAAUAUCAUGAACAUCUGUUAAAAUACAUAAUUUUGGAGCAUUGGCCUCUAAUGAGCUUUGACGCGGUUCAUCUA